AUGGUCUCCUGUCCCAUAUGCGGGAACUCCGUCUCAUCACUGAGAAUCAACGACCACAUAGACUCCAACUGUGAGAGUUUCAUCGACGAGCCCUCUUCGAGCUCUGGAGAUCAGGAAUCUUCCCAGAAAACACCAGUCCCAAAUUUCUUCCAGCCGGCUUCUGCUCGGAAAGCCGCGGUUCAGUCAGCCUCACACAGCGAUUCCAUAUCCACCCCCUCACCAUUGCGAAUACUCAACGGCAAGCGAACGAUAGCGCAUGAGAGACAACCUGCCGUGAACGGAAAUAAACCGCCUCGGGAAGAAGUGCAAAGGGAACCACCGUUGAAGAAACCUAAGAUCAAUGCGCUCCAAAAGGCGGCACCUUUGGCCGAGCGGAUGCGGCCGCAGACUUUGGACGAAGUCUGUGGCCAGGAGCUUGUCGGGCCGAAGGGUGUGCUCCGGGGUCUCAUCGAACAAGAUCGGGUCCCCAGUAUGAUUCUCUGGGGACACGCAGGAACUGGUAAAACCACGAUUGCUAGAGUCAUUGCUUCGAUGGUGGGAAGCAGAUUCGUGGAAAUAAACAGUACCAGUUCGGGGGUUGCGGAGUGUAAAAAGAUCUUCGCGGAAGCUAGAAGUGAACUCAAUCUGACUGGAAGGAAGACGAUCAUUUUCUGUGAUGAGAUUCAUCGGUUUUCCAAGUCUCAGCAGGAUGUGUUCUUGGGUCCUGUGGAGAGCGGACAAGUCACGCUUAUAGGUGCUACAACGGAAAACCCAUCCUUCAAAGUCCAGAAUGCGUUGCUUUCAAGGUGCAGGACCUUUACGCUGUCAAAACUGACCGACAGAGAUGUCGAAUCCAUCCUUCACCGAGCUUUGAGAGUCGAGGGGCCGAAUUAUUCACCGUCCGCACUUGUAGACGAUGAAUUGAUAUCGUAUCUUGCCCGCUUUGCGGAUGGAGAUGCCCGAACAUCUCUUAAUCUGUUAGAGCUGGCCAUGGAUCUGUCCAAGCGUUCUGAAAUGACCAAAGAUGAAUUGAAACGGUCACUCACCAAGACUCUUGUGUAUGAUCGUGCAGGAGACCAGCAUUAUGACACGAUCUCGGCCUUCCACAAGUCUAUCAGAGGCAGCGAUCCAGAUGCGGCCCUCUACUAUCUCGCUCGCAUGCUUCAGUCGGGCGAAGAUCCUCUGUUCAUUGCACGCCGUCUCGUUGUCGUUGCCUCGGAAGAUAUCGGUUUGGCGGACAACAGCAUGCUGACACUGGCCAUGUCCACUCAUUCGGCCGUCGAAAAGAUUGGACUACCUGAAGCUCGGAUCAACCUUGCGCAUGCCACGGUAGCCAUGGCACUAUCCAAGAAAAGCACUCGAAGCUAUCGUGGCUUGAAGAAUGCUUUUGCUGCGCUUGAGGAACCGGGAGUCGCAGGCUUGCCGAUACCAAUCCAUCUGAGAAACGCUCCGACCCGUCUCAUGAAGGAAUUGGGGUAUGGGAAGGAGUACAAAUACAAUCCGAACUAUCUCGAAGGCCAGGUUGUGCAAGAUUAUCUUCCCGAGACACUGAUUGGCCGAAAAUUUCUGGAGGACAGUGAUCUGGGCACUGCAGUUGACCCUGAUCUCAUGGCGCAGGGCGAAGAAGACCUGGAGCCUUGA